AUGUCUUAUGACUUGAUUAUCAUUGGGGCGGGACCAGCCGGUUUGACCGCGGCCAUUUAUGCCCGAAGAGCCCUCUUAAAAUGUUUAAUCUUAGAAAAAUCCUUAGCGGGAGGAAAGUUAAACAAAACGGCUGAUGUUGAUAAUUAUCCAGAAGAAGUAUUGAAAUUAGAAAAAAAUGAAAAGAAGUUUGUUGUCAAAACAAAUGAAGGAAAUAGUUUUAUUAGCAAAGCGGUUAUUAUUGCUUCGGGGGCAGUUGAAAAGGAAUUAGGAAUUAAAGGAGAAAGAGAAUUUGCUAAUCAGGGAGUUUCUUAUUGUGCUAUUUGCGAUGGAUUUCUUUUUCGUGGGAAAGAAGUAGUAGUAGUUGGGGGCGGUUAUUCUGCCUUGGAAACUGCUCUCUAUAUGAGUAAUGUUGCCAACCAAGUUUAUCUUAUUCACCGACGUACUGAAUUCCGAGCCGAGAAAGAAAUAGUGGAAAAAGCCGAAAGUAAUUCAAAAAUAACUUUUCUUUUAAAUUCUAUUCUCACUGAAAUUCAAGGAGGAGAGGGAGUAGAAAAAGUCAUUGCUAGCAAUUUAGCAGACAACAAAAAAAGCGAAUUAUUAGUUAAUGCUGUUUUUCCGUGUAUUGGACUCUCACCAUUUAGCAGUUUUACUCAUGAGUUAGGUGUUUGUGAUAGAGAAAAGUAUAUCGCUAUUAAAGACGAUUGUUCGACGGCCGUUCCUGGCUUAUUUGCGGCUGGUGAUGUGGCUCGAAUAAGUCAAAAUAAAAUUAAGCAAAUUGUGACUGCUGUGGCCGAAGGUGCUAUUGCUGCUCAGUCAGUAAUUAAAUACUUAGAAAAAUUAUAG